AUGCAUCUUGACAGCAAGGCGAUGAAAAAAACCACGAGGAGUUUGGGGAGAAUGUCAGCUGUCAUACGAGCCUUGGCUGGUGGGAUGGACGUUGAAGACUUGACUGCUUUAGAGGGCCUUCUUGUUGAGCCAUUUUGUGGCUUUCGAGAGCAAAAAUUAGUUGGUCAACCAAGUGCGGUGAAGUGGCGUGGUGAUGUUCUUGGCAGUAAUGAUGGGUUUGAUGGAGUUGACACUUCAGAUUCCUUUGUUCUCCGAUUUCGCUUGACUUGUCUUCUGUGA